GUUAUGUUCUUCUAAUCCACACUUGUGACUGCGAUCUGGUGCUACCCACACACCGUGUACGCGCACCUCCCGCUGCAAAUCCAACUGCCAGCGGCGCGUCGGAGCCCGCGCCUGCGCACAUCGGCAGCGUCUCCAGCGGUAAUGGCGGCCUCGGACAGAAGCACCAGGGAUAAGCUGCUGGGAGUCUUAGACGAUUUGGAAGUGUUGUGCAGGGAAUUAAUUGAGCUACUUGCAUUAUCCAGAAACCAGAAAAUUGCACAACCAGGAGAAGAAAAUCAGAUCUUGGAUCUUUUGAUUCAGAAGGAUGGAGAAUUCCAAGAAAUAGUGAAAGUUGCAUUGGAACAAGGUAAAAUCCAGGAGGAAAUGCACCUUCUGGAGAAAGAGGUGGAAAAAAGAGAUGGUGACAUCCAGCAGUUACAGAAACAGCUCAAAGAGGCUGAACACAUAUUGGCAACUGCUGUGUAUCAAGCCAAGGAGAAGUUAAAAUCUAUAGAGAAAGCAAGAAAAGGUGCAAUCUCAUCUGAAGAGCUUAUCAAAUAUGCUCAUAGGAUAAGUGCUAGUAAUGCAGUAGCAGCACCAUUAACAUGGGUCCCAGGUGAUCCACGGAGACCAUAUCCUACUGAUCUGGAAAUGAGGAGUGGCCUUCUGGGACAACAAAGUAACCUUUCAACCAAUGGAGUGAAUGGGCAUUUACCUGGCGAUGCAUUGGCUGCAGGCAGAUUACCAGACGUACUUGCACCUCAAUACCCAUGGCAAUCAAAUGAUAUGCCCCUCAAUCUAUUGCCUCCAAACCACAGCAAUGAUUUCAUGUUGGAGCCUCCUGGACAUAACAAAGAGAAUGAAGAUGAUGUGGAAGUUAUGUCAACUGAUUCUUCAAGCAGCAGUAGUGACUCUGACUGAAGGCACAGGAGUAUGCCUCUUUAUUUAAAAAAAAAUGUUCCCUGUUCCUUCCUAUUUGAUACUGCUGAUGCAGAAUUGAUAUGAACAUAUUUAUAUUUUGAUAACCUUUGUUGUGAGAUGGAUAAAAUUCUGUGCACGUGUGAAGUUAUGCUUAAAGACAUGUUUUUUGCAGAAUUUAACUUGCUAUCCAAUUAUUUUUGAUUGUAGAAGAUGAUAACACUAUAAAGUAAGAAGUCCUGGAUUAAUUUAUUCUGUAGACUUUCAAAUCCUAAAAUAUAGGGCUAAAUUGCCCUGCUAUACAUUAGUGAAUAACAUUUUUUCUAUAGAGAAAGUGGAAAUAAGUGUUUUCCCCUAAAACAGUUCAAAACUUUCCCAGAAGUUUAUAAUGCAACAUGAUGCAGCAAUGAGAACUGAAAAAAACUGACGAGAUAGCAACUAUUGCAGUUGUUAAACUGUUACAGCAUUUGUUAAGUGCAUGUUACUGAGAAUUAAAUAAAUUUUCAUAAAUAUGUUAAGCUGUGACAAAAAAGGAAGCCAUAACCUAAGAUUAGUAGUCUAAAAUUUAUGCUAUUAUAGGAAUAACUUAGCAACUGUGUUAGAACUAGUUUCCCAAAAUGUGACAAUUCCAUUCUCCCUCCUUCCCUCCCUCCCUCCCAAACAUUCAACACCUCGUCUGAGUCCCAACAGACUCUUUUCAUAAGGGCAAUUAAACUGAUUAUUUCACUGUGAUAUUAAAAUUAACUUUCCACAAUAAUAAAAAAUGUUUGUACACAAUGUUUGAAAUGUAUAUUUUGUGAUUUAAAAAUGUUUUCUAAAUUGUAAAUAAAUAGUCUUUUACACAAGAUAAUAUUCAUGUAUUUACUUAUGGGGAUAUUUUCUGAUCUUCAAUGUGUAACAUCCCUGAUAGAGACUUCUAAGGAGCCUGCAGAAUCAUAGGCCUCAAUGCAAACACUCAGCUGUGUGAGCAUGGUGGGCAUGUCUAUGCUCCCCUACACCAUUGGCUCUGUUUGAGGAAGAGGGUGAUUUGCUUGUGUGGUAUUUUUCUGCUCAUGCAGGAGAGAAAACUGCUCAAGUACACCUCUCUAUCAAUGGAGAAUAGUUGGCUGCUUACAUGCAGAAUCCCUUCACUCAGGAGAAUUGUCAGCUGCUUUUAGGUAUGUGUCCAUUGACAGCAGUGAUCUGCUGACAAAUGGCUCCUUGUCACUCAGUGAGGGCAGCAAUAUGCUCAUGAGUAGAAUCUUUCUGCUCAAUGAGAACAUCAAGCUUUUCCCUGGCAGCAUCUCUGGGAGUUUCCAGCUGUACAGACCAUACCUCUAACAGGAUCAAGCUGAGAAUGCGUAGAAGCAGAAAAACUUUAUAUGGCUUCCUUCUAUCUCUUCACAGAACUGUCACUUAAUAGCUGCUGUAUUACUGAACUUUUUGCUAAUCAAGUGUGCUUGAGCGCUAAGGCAUGUCAUGGUCUUCUUGAACACAAGAAAUAACAGGAAACUAUUCUGUCCCUUGUGCUUGCUCUGCCAUUCAAUAAAAUCAUUGCUAAUCUUCUACCUCAGUCUCACUUUCCUGGAGUAACACACUAUCCCUUGAUUCCCUGAUGUAUCCUUUGACAAAAUACAUCCUUCUAAGCUAUUUUGCUUAUCCUUCGUAACACAAUGCUGAAGUGGUGCUGUGGGAUGUCAGGCACAAUGAUGGACUUUGGUAAUUGCCAUCUUCGUUCCCUUUCCUCCUCUUCCCCAUCCCCACUUUCUAUAUCCUAGAAUUAAGAUGGAGAAAAGUAGCUUCUUCCAAUACCUGGCAAAGACAAAAGAGAAAAUAGCUGCACUGACAAGCUGCGCAACCAACAUAUUUAUGGCAAUGUAGCAGCACACAUUAUCCACUGUAGAUCAAUUCAAAGGGGUUGCCUUAAUCACCAUGAAAUGCAAUCAAUACCUGGCAGAUUUCAUAUAGCUUCUGCCAUUACAAAGGAUGAUCAUCUUCAGUCUGGUAAGUGUGUCAUACUCCAGAGGCCACCCUUCUGUUCCCAUUAUUUUCAUGACCUUUGCAUUAUCCUACUUUUGUAGGGUUGACCUACAUGUGGGGAAUAGAGAGGAUUGAAAAUCAAUGGUGGGGUGAGGAUGGGAUGUUUGGAAAAGUAAACAUUUUAUGUAUAUGUGUAUAGAGAACAGUAUUUUCAGGCUGUGUACCUCACCUUGACAUACCUUUUGAUGUGAUGAAAUCUUUUUCAAAUUGCUCUGUGGUGUGGAGGAUUCUCACUCUUGGAAAAGACAACUUAGGUCAUCUUCCAGCCUCUCUAAUGCUGGCUCUGGUGAGUCUGCUGUCACAAAGGUCCUCUCUGUGAGUAAGUAUUUCACUUAGAAGAAUAUGUUUAUAAAUGAACCUGGGAGAUCUUCUCCACUGCAUGUUUCUCCAUUGAAGCCAUAUAUAUGUUGCAUUAUCUGGCUGCCAAGGGGAGUCUGCCUCUAAGGAGUGUUGUGCUUAUGUGAUCUCUACACAGCAAUGGGUAUUUGUCAGGUAUGUUGAAUUAUGUGUUUGGAACUGCAGAUUACAGUACUUCCAAGAGAGUUGUGGAGUUGUUUUUGACCAAUUUUGUGAUUUUUUUUGAGGGGGGACCUAACUCGACACUAUCGUUAAGUGCAAAGAAGUUUUGAAUCACCAAAAAAUAGGUGCAAUCCAAGGCAUGAUAUUGCCCUCACUCAAACUAUGUGCUAGAGCUGAAUGAACCAUUGAACCUUGAACUCAAUACUCUGGUUUGCUCCUCAAUUAUUUAGUACAUUUACCUGUUCUGUCAUGGAAGUAGUUUUCCUUAAGCUUCAUCAUUUUGCAAAAGUCUCAGAAGGACACAGAAUAGCAAAGCAGCACAUUUGUUUAGCAGAAACUAUUUGCAUGG